UUGUAUUACUCCAAUAUCAAGUUGGGAUGGGAUUUUUGUGAACAGAGUGUUAAAUGAAGGUGCAUGCUACGUUAACUGCUGCAGUAUAUGAUGUAGAAUGUGUGGGAUUUGUUUUUGUAAGAUACACAGAUGCAGAUAGUGAGUGAGGUUUCAAUAUGUUUUAGUCUGCCGUUUAAAAUUAUAGCAGGACUGAGUAGUGAUUCACAGGAUGUGAUGAGCGGAUGUCAACAGAUACUGUGAUAUAUCAGAAAAUGUUUUGACAAAAAGGAAAAUCUGUUUUUAAACCACCACUUGACUCAUAUUAUGCGUAUGCCUAUCUAGAGAGACCUUUGUACAUUUUGGAAAGUGUUCAUUUGGAAUUUAGUACCUUGUUUGUCACUUGUAGUAUCAGGUAUUGGAUUUGACAAGCACUUUGUUGGUCUUGGGAUAAUCCUUCAGAGGAUCGCGUUCAUUAAGCAGUGAGAUCAGCAAGAGAGGGCAGACCGAUGACCAGGGUGUCUUUGUUUCACAAAUCUUCGGUUUAAUCUUCUGCAUGUGUAAUGUGAAGAUUUUUAGGACUUGGUCAACAGGCGCUAGCCAUGUCAUGGGCUGGAUCAGGCAACCCCAUCCAAAGUAAUGUACCAGAUUAUCAGAAGAUGCUGCAAAGUAAUCUUCUAUCAUCAGGAUGGAGCAGCAGAGGAGGGGGCUCGGAUAGGUACAACAGUUACCACCCCAAGUCUCCACUGUCACCCACCCCCCAGGACAAUCUCACAAACGGACUCCCAUACUCCGACACGACCCAUCGAUCACACUACCAAUCUUACCGCCCUUCAAAGUACGGAAUAAACGAUCCAACUUAUCUAGACAAAGACUUCAAAGAGUUGUCCACAGAGGAGUCGUACACCUACCCACCAAAGUAUGAGAUUGCAAGUAUGAAAGACCCCCUGGACAGACCAAGGUAUGACGUCAAGGAUACGCUAAACCCUCCCGGUAAAUACGAGCCUCCCAGUGACCUGUACCAGAGGAAGUACUCCAGUUACUCCGCCUCUCGCGGGGAGGAUAUUGACGGGCCGAUUGAUGACAGUAAUUGGGCGUCGCCCCCAAAGUCGGCGCCUUCAGACAUUGCAAGCUCUGUUUACACAGGACCAGUUAGGUUACGGUCUGUGACAGACGGACCAGAGUAUAUUCGUGACAGGAAGUCUUCAACACUGUACGAGGACAAGUAUUACUCGGACAAUGAUGCUGCAGUUCGUAGCUCUAAAUCUCGGUCGCGGUACGUCAGUGACUUGAAAUAUACGUCAGGUGAUUUAAGACAAUGGCAGAGAGGUCACCUGGAUACAUACGGAGAAACCUCGGCCAGCAAUCAGAUUUGGCCAAGUAUAUCUAGUUCAUUUGGAAAUUCAAAGGGUGAAACUAAUGGAGGCUUGGAUUCUCUGUUUAAACACAUUGAUGAUAAUCCGAGGAAGUGGGCGUCGGUCAGUAAAGCAGCAGAUGACAUCAUCAAAGAGAAGGACACUAUGAUUGAAAAAUUGAAAGUGCAAGUGAUGAGGUUAGAAGAGGACAACAAACAAUAUGAAGGGAAACUCAAGAGAGCUGUCCUUAAUGGAGAAGGUGGAGAGGGGGAGGCUUAUAAACAGAUUCAGGAACUGGAAUUGAAGAAUGCACAACUAAAAGCAGAGAAUGCUGAAAUCAGAACCAAGAAAAAUGCGGAACUAGACGAGCUGGAAAUGAAGCUAGGAGCUACCGAGCAGGAGGUGGACCAGCUGAGGGCAGCCAUGAGGAAACGAGGAUCCGGUCCGGAGUACUCCGACUCGCAGUUCUACGAGUUAGAGAGGGAGAUGGAGGACUGGAAGAGGAAAUAUCUAGAAAUGUUUGACAACCACCGUCAGAUGAAAGAGAAGCUGGACGAGCUACAGAGUUACUUGUCAGACCUGCCUACAGUGGAAGAGAGCAUGAAAAACAUCCAAGAACUCCAAAGCUUACGAGAGAAGACCAAAUUCCAGGAAAGUCGUGUCGAGGAGCUACAACAAAGGCUGUAUGAAGGCAAGAAAGCCCUGACAUCCAGAGAGGUUCAGAUCCAGGAAUUAGAGCACAAGGAGAAGAGGUUAGCAGGACAGGUAGCUAUGGUGACAGAGGAAAUCAACAGGAUAAAGUCUGAGGGGGAGGGGGCAGAGCUUCACAAGUGUGAGGAUCAACUCCACAAGGUCAAACUCGAGAACGAACGCCUGGCGGUGGACCUGGACAAGGCCAAAAAGCUUUUAGAGACAAGUCACCGAAAGUUGAGACAUUUAGAAGUGAAGCACCAGAACGAAAUGAAGGGACUGCAGGAACGGUUAACCCACGAGGAGGAAUCUGUGGAAGUUAUGAGGGAGGACUGUCGAAUGAAGGAGGAAAGCAUUAAAAAGCUACGGCGCUCUAUGAAAGAGUUGGGCAGCAAGAACCAGGACUUGAUGGAGCAGAUCCUCAUCAUUAGGGAGCAGUUAAAGACCCUGGAAGAGCAGGCAGCCGACGAGAACCAGAAAAUCCAGCGCCAUUUUACGCAGGAACUGAGUCUGUGUUACCACGAGUUACAGUCGCUGGUCCAAGUGUGUGUUCAGAGGGCUGAGGGUAAUGAUCCAAACAUGUCUCUGCUGUUAGGAGUUCGAGCUCCGUCCGAGAUAGAGACAGGACAAGCCACCAAAGAUCAAGAAGCGCAGACACUGAAACAGUGGCUGGGGAAAGUGAAGGAGCUGAGGUCAGAGAUUGAGGGCCUAAGGGGUCUUAUUUGUAACAAAUAUGCUGAGGAUCUAGGGGACAAUAUGAACUGCGUUACCCAGUGAUAAAGAAUUCUGGCACUGCCAUGCCACACGGGUUUCCUAUUGUCUUAAAUUGAGCAGCUGCUGACUUACACAGAAGUUUGUGGAGACAGUCAUGUCAUGGAGGUGUUUCCAAUUAUCAGAAGGAAUUAUUGGAUUACAAAUGACAAUUCCUCAAGUUCCUUGGUUUCUAUUGGCUAGGUAUUUCCCAAAGGUUCAAGGACUGGGUAAAGAUUGCAAGACCUCUGUAUCAAUCACUUUUUCCAUCAAAUCAACUAAAUAUCACUCAGUCUAUGUGUUAUUGUGGAGGUUUUGCGUUGGUUUGUGGAUAUGGGGUAUUGGAAGUCUCCGAGACUAGCCCCCUUAACCCAUCGAACACUAGUCGGUACACCCAGCUGUCUCGCGUUAUCCAAUGAACCGUUGAAUUUCAUUAUCCUGUUUAUGGUGUCAGAAACAUUUACUUGAACAGUUAGAGAGGGUAGUAUUUAUUUUAUCUUGUAUUGAAUACACCUGUACUGUGCCUUUGUGGAUGUUUUGUGAUGUUUGGCUUUAAGUCAGGAAAAACUUGGAAAUCCAAUGGUUGUGUAUAUUGUGAAUUUUAUGAAUGUGAGAAAAGUUUAUUAUUAUUAUUAUUAUAUUUUGGUUUAUUAUGUAUGUAGGGUAACAUGUAUUUUAAAAUGGAAACAGAAUUUUUUAGGGAAAGAAUCUGAUUCUGUGAUUUAGUUAUGAGACAGUGGUUGCUACAAAUAUUGAUAAUGCUAUUUCCUUUUUGCCUGAAGAUUUGCCAAAUCCCAUAGCAUUACCAUAACAAGACACGGUAUAAAACACAAACUGACUGAACAAGUGUAUUGUGUCCAUGUUAGAAAUUGUAUGUCUGUGGAGUUUUGAAACAAUGCCUGAAUCUAUUAAUGCCAAAUCCAGAUUGUUUACAAGUGCCAUACUCAGUAUUUUACAUGGAUAAUCAUGAGGAGGAGUCUACUCAUGGAUGUAUAAAUGAAAUGAAAAAAAAAAAUGUUUGUAUAGUUAUUGACGUACCUGUAUUUCACUCAGCGGCUCUUGACAUUUGUGUUGAAAUGAACGUGUUUUAGUAAUUUCUUUCAUGCGGUGAUUUGAAUGUAGUAAGAGGGCGGGAGUUAAUGAAGAAGUAGGAGAACAUUGUGCAUUCCAGAUCUGCGGUGUAACUUAUUACAUGUAUAAUCAUAGAAUCAUUCCUUCAUGAAUAUCAUCCACAUUACGUUGCUAAAAUUCAUCUCGUUCUAAAGCCAAAAAGAGAAUGUGAUCGGAAUAUUUUUGUAAAUCAUAAAAAAAAGUAUCCAUUUCAUCCUGGUUGAACAUGUUUAUUUCAUCAUCAUUUGAAAAAUAAUGUGCAAUGGAAUCUCAGGGAGAUGUAAAUACUGUAGACAGUGGUGUGAAAACUGUAGGUUCGUUUGUCUCAUUGUGUUGUGUUCAGGGUCAUGUGAUUCCUGUUAAAUGGCUAAUUGAGCCAUGUAGUGCAUAGAAUUAAUUCAAAGGAAAUCAAACUCCAUUGGUAAAUGACUAAUGCUCGUAAGCAUGUAACACUUUUUACAUUUUAUUAAUGCUGUACAGAGACAGGUGGCACUUCGACACUCGAAAUCAAUUUAAAAUGUUGUUUUCAUAGAAUACGGCGUACAGUGUUCCUGAUUUAUUACGUUCAUAAAAUCAAAAGAUAUUGAUGAAUAUUAUUAUCUAUGAUAUAAACAGGGUCUGAUAAAGCUAUCAAAUGAUAUUAUGCUAAUUUUAAUAGUUCCUAAGUUAUGGCCACCAACUUUGAAGAAUGUCAUGUUUUUUCUUCAUCUUGUGUUUAUUUUGUGUUUUUUUUUUGUUAUUUCAGGUUACUAGUAGUUUGCCAAUAAAAAGAUAGAGGACUGUAUUCAUGCAGAUUAAUGUUAAAUUUAUCGGUAUCAACAUGUAUUUUCCUUAAGGUGGCUCACUACACCCAAAUAGUUUCUUAAAUCAGAACGAAUUGAUUUAAUUAUAAAAGAUAUGAUGAUAUACAAUAAAUAUAUAUAUGCCAAAAAGGCAAAAAAUAUACAAAUUUGGAUAAAAACAUGAUUUUCAAAAAAAAAAUUCAACACAUAUGAAUAAAGGACUCUGGGGGAUUUGAACUCGAGAUCUGUGUUUCACCAGCCCAAUGCUUUAACCACUGAGCAACAAUGAUAGACAAACAAAUCGAUCGAUACAAAUAAUUUCACAAAACAUUUAAAUCGCCAUCUUGUGACAUGUUGUCAUAAAGAGUAUAAGCUUUAGUGUAGUGAGCUACCUUAAGUGAUUUAUUAGUGAAACAUUACAGUAAAACAUGCUUAUAACGAAUUCACGCUUAUUGCGAAGAGAAAUUUAUUCCACUAUGAGAGGAAAACAACGAAAAUUUUGUCAGAUGUAUUAAGAAGCUUGGUCAUAAUAAAAUGUUUUUGGGUGGCCCUGGAGGUUUGCUAUAACCAUGUUUUACUGUAUAAUGAAGUUUGGUUAUAAUGAACUGGUUUUUUUUUUUUGGUGGCUCUAGAGUUUCGCUAUAUCUGUGUUUUACUGUAUCAUUACAUUAGGUAUACCACAUUAAGAUAGUCAGUAUUAAGAGAUGUCACUGCCACUGUAGUCAUUAAACUGAUUCAGUUUGUUGGAUUUUUGUAGUGUAUAGUCACAGUGUAUUUAGGUUUUUAUGACAGUUUGAAGUUCAGUACAGUUAAGAGGAUUUGUAAAAUAUUGUGAGAAAAUAAAUUAUAAAUCUCUCACA